AUCAUUAAUCUUCGUUUAUUAAUUAAUGUGUGCUGUCGUUUGACCGUUUGUUAGUGUAUGAUUAACGGUUAUUUGCAAAUUUCUCCAUGUAUAGUGUUUUUUAUAAAUUCGAUAACCGGACACAGCAAAUAAUUACACUAAGUUACGAUGGCAUCACGUAACGGUAAAAAAUCGUCGGGUUUACGUAUGCUUUGGAUACCAGGCGGUCGUAAAAGUCAUCCCAAGGGACGUUUCGAUUCAACAAAUAAAAAAAUAUCGUAUUCGACCAGACAGAAAAAAAGUGAAGUUUGGUCUUUGGGUGGCAGCAAAGCACAGAAAGAUUUGCUGGAAGCAGAUCCUGAUAUAAGUCUUUUAGAUGGUCCUUCUACAUCCGGUUUAUCGUCUUUAGCUUGUGCUACUGCUGCUGCUACGGGUGCUACAGCAGUUGCUGCAGCUACUUCCGCACAAUGUUUGGAAUCUCAUAAUUCACCUGACACAACAAGUGAAUCAUCAACUUAUAAUCAUCAGCAACAACAUUCACCCACCACACCGAAUAGUUCCACAUCAACGGCACCUUUAAUCUCACCACCUCAAUCACCUUUGGAACAAACAUUACAGCUUAGCAAUAGUAAUACAACACAACCGUCCAUUACUAGUAAUACAACAACCACAAUGCCUGCUAAAUCUCAUCAACCCAUACCAGUUAUAGUUACAACCACAACUACCGCUGAAAUAAUGGAGGAUACAAAUUCUUUGCAGGAAAAUCGUUUUUCUCUAUUGGCUGGCAAGGAUAUUGUUACAAAUGAAUUGGAUAUUUAUACCUUACCCUCACCGCCUACAAAUGAUUUGAAUUCACAAGAAAAUUUAAACAAUUCGUCUGGUACGACUGUUUCACAAAUAACGCCAUCUGGAUCUCCGCACAAAAUGAAUAACGGUUCGCAAAAUGGUUCCGUUAGUAAUACACCCGUUAAGAAAAAACAUCAAAAUCGAAAUCAUAAUAAUAAUCAGGGAGAUGUUAAUUCGAUUGAAAGUAUAACAGAAGAUACUGUAAGUGAAAAAAUACCCACCGCCAAUUUAGAUUGGAUCGAUGCGGUGGUGCAGGAAAGACAAGAUCGUGAAAUUUUAGCCAAACCCAAGAAGAAGAAAAAGAAGAAACAUGCCAAGGAAUUGGAUCAACUGGAUGGUGUGCCCAUGAAAGAGAAUUCAACGGAUGCAUCUCUUAAGGAUGAAGAUGAUGAAAAGGUAGUAAAAUGUCUGUAUUAUACUUUGAUGUGUUGUGAUUGUACAAUUUCGUAGACAUAAAGCUACAAACAAACAAUAGACAUCUCCUAAUUACGGAAAUAUUGAUAAAAAAAAUAAUAAGAAAAACAAUGCAUUUAACAAAUUAUUUUUGUUUUUAAAAUGACUGAAAACUUUAAAAGCGAAAAAAUAACUUAAAUCAAAAUUAAAUUUAAUAUAAUAUGAUAAAAAAAAAGAAAAACAAAAAUAUUUUUUUUUUUUAAAAAAAAGCUACAUAUAUCUAAAAUAAUUGAUAUAUUACUCUUAAAUAACUAAACAUACAUGCCAAUUCGUAUUUGUAAACUUAAAAUUCCUAAUAAUUAUUUAACGUUUUAGUAGAUUUUUUUACUAAAAACAGACAUAUAGAAAGAAAAUAAUACAAAAGCAAACCCGAAUUAUUACUUAAUAGUUUUUUUUUUAAUAAUUUAUAAAUUUAUAUACAAACACACACACACCCAUAUACAUAUAUUUACAAUCAACCUUAAUUUAAUAACUUGUUUAACUAAUAAUUAGUUUAACAUUCUAUAUUUUAACAGUUAUUUGAAAUAACCUAAAGAAAGCAACUAAUUAAAAUAAAACGAAAAAAGAAUAUUAAAAAUUACAAUUAAUUAAAACAUAUUUUUGAUAUUGAAAAUUCUUGUAUGUAUUUUCUAGAUUUUGUGUAUUUUUUUUAACGCAAACAACUGGAAUAUAGUUCUUUAAGACAUUUACAUUUUAAUUUAAAAAAAAAAUAAAAUGUUUACUACUUAAAAUAUGUAGUAAUGCCGCUAUAAAAUCUAAUUUAAUAAAAGACAAACAAAUUAUAAAUAAUUUAACAAAUUUUUAAAUAAAAUACAAAUUUCAUGAAA